CCGCCCCGUGCUGUCAGUGAAGGGCCGAGCGCUGGAAUAGGCAGCGGUGGUGCGCGCCGGAUCGAGGCCGCGUCUGUGCCCGAGGGGCAGCGACACACGGAUGCCAGCUGAUCUCCAAGCCGGCAGGCUUGCAUGACAGAGUUUAACAGGUGAAAUUCCCAUCCAAAUGAUGUUCAGUAUGAAUACACACUGCACUCUGGUUACUCACUAACUUGGCUGGAGAGGGUGAGAUUCCCAAGAUAAUACAAAUCUUGCUGCCAUACAGUUCUUUACCUUCUGAUGGAUGAAGACCCUAACACUGCAAACCCUUGUUCCCAUGGCAAGUCCUGCAGUCAGCCCCGACUCUUCCUCUUCUGAUAACCUCAGUCCAGAUGAAUUGGAACUACUGGCAAAGUUAGAAGAGCAAAACAGGUUGCUGGAAGCGGACAGCAAGUCAUUGCGGUCUGUGAAUGGAUCGCGGCGGAACAGCAGCGGCUCCCUUGUGUCAAGCUCCUCCGCUUCGAGCAACUUGAGCCACUUGGAGGAAGACACAUGGAUUCUGUGGGGUCGGUUGAUCAAUGAAUGGGAGGAAGUUCGCAAAAAGAAAGAGAAGCUGCUGAGGGAACUGAUUCGGAAAGGAAUUCCACACCAUUUCCGUGGGAUCGUUUGGCAGUUGCUAUGCAAUGCAACUGAUAUGCCUGUGAAAAACCAGUAUUCAGAGCUGCUAAAGAUGACCUCGCCUUGUGAGAAGCUGAUCCGGAGAGACAUUGCACGGACCUACCCAGAGCACGAAUUCUUUAAAGGACAAGACAGUCUUGGACAGGAGGUGCUAUUCAAUGUUAUGAAGGCAUACUCUCUGGUUGACCGUGAAGUUGGAUAUUGCCAAGGAAGUGCAUUCAUUGUGGGCCUCCUCCUCCUGCAGAUGCCAGAGGAAGAAGCCUUUUGUGUGUUUGUGCGUUUGAUGCAAGAGUACCGGUUAAGGGAGCUGUUCAAGCCCACUAUGGCAGAGCUGGGGCUCUGCAUCUACCAGUUUGAGUAUUUAAUACAGGACCAAUUGCCUGAAUUGAAUGUACAUUUUCGGUCGCAGAGCUUCCAUACGUCAAUGUAUGCCUCCUCAUGGUUCCUCACUAUUUUUCUCACUACGUUUUCCCUGCCUUUAGCCACUAGAAUAUUUGACAUAUUUAUGUAUGAGGGUUUGGAAGUAGUCUUUCGCAUUGGAAUGGCUAUCCUUCAGUUUAAUCAAGUGGAACUGAUGCAACUUGACAUGGAAGGAAUGUCACAGCACUUUCAAAAGGUGAUCCCACAACAGUUUGAUAGCUGUCCCGACAAAUUGAUCCUGAAGGCUUACCAGGUCAAGUACAACCCAAAGAAAAUGAAGAAACUUGAAAAGGAAUACACUACAAUCAAAAACAAAGAAAUGGAGGAGCAGAUUGAAAUUAAGAGACUCAGAACAGAAAAUCGACUCCUAAAGCAGCGGAUUGAAACUCUGGAGAAGGAAAGUGCUGCCUUGGCAGAUAGAUUGAUCCAGGGACAAGUAACCAGGGCGCAGGAAGCCGAGGAGAACUACAUCAUCAAGCGAGAGCUGGCUGUAGCAAAACAACAGUUCAAUACAGCCAGUGAGAAACUAGAACAAGCACAGAGCACCAUUCAGGAGCUGAAGGAGCUCAGGUGUGAACAUCGUAAUAAAGAGGAAUAUGUGAUGGAACUGGAACAGUCACGAUUGAGAGAAGCAGAGGCAUUGACUGCACUCAAGGAGAUGCAAGAUAAGGUCCUGGAAAUGGAAAAGAGGAACAAUUUGCUUCCUGAUGAAAAUAACAUAGUACGUUUGCAAGAGGAGUUAAAGGCACUGAAACUACGUGAGGCAGAGGCAGUGAAUUCUAUGAAAGAGCUGCACCAGCAGGUGAAGGAUUUGGAUGAACACUGGCAGCGGCACCUUGCACGAACUGGCGGUCGGUGGAAGGAUUCUCCAAAGAAGAAUGCCACCAAUGAGCUACACAAUGAGCUGAUGACCGUGCGAUUUAGUGAAGCCCAGGCACAAGCUGAACUGCGAGAGCUGAGGCAUAGAGUGCUGGAACUGGAGACACAGAACCAGGUUAACAGCAGCCUUCUGAACCGAACGGAGCAGGCUUGCACUGGUCUGCAGGACAAGUUGCAGUACGUAACAGCACAGAACAAAGGACUGCAGACUCAGCUCAGUGAGACCAGACGCAAGCAAGCUGAGGUGGACUGCAAGAACAAGGAGGAGGUUAUGGCCAUACGGUUUCGGGAAGCAGAUAGCAUUGCAGCCAUUGCUGAACUCCGCCAGCGUAUUGCUGAACUGGAAAUCCAGAGAGAAGAAGGAAGAAUCCAGGGUCAACUGAACAGCUCCGAUUCUAAUCAGAUUAUUCGAGAACUAAAGGAACAGAUCACAGAAUUAAAAGCAGAGAUCCAGCUUUUCAAAGGUCAAGGGCACUUUCAACCCCCCAUGAGUUUUGACGGCAUUCACAUUGUGAACCACAUGGUGGAGGAUGAUGAAUUCAUUCAUUCCUCUGACGAGGAUCUCUUACCGAGCCCCAUGGGAGUGAGUGGUCUGCAGGGAGAACUGUACCCAAUUCCCCGCGGAAACAGCCACUUCCUCAGAGGGCUGGAGAUCUCGGGAAAGGACAGUGAUGGAAGCACCGACAGCGAUCAGGAAGACAGGAAUUCUGCACUGGAGCUUGAAGCAGACAUGGCGAAUCAUGUAAUGUGCACCGACAGUCCGAAUAAAGCACCAUCCAUCUCCACAACAGUCUAAUAGGGAACCAGUAAUCGAAGCUGUCCUUCAUUCCACUAGGUGAAACUUACUGUGUGUGAGGCCUUCCUGAGCUGCUCCCUCCUUCUCUGAUUUGGGUCUAACAUUAAAUUCUACUCACUUCCCAACAGCAUAUGGUAUUUGUAAGGGAGUUUUUUUUUAAAAAUCAGCUGUCUUGCUCUCUAAUCAAGCUGUAGAAUCUGCCAUUUCUUCCCAGAGAAGGAAGUAGGUCUGGAAUCGGGUAAUUCUAAAAGAGUUGUUGAGUUUCUCUGGUAUAUGUUUUCUGAAAUCCAGAUGCCUGAUAGAUGAAAUGUAGCUCCACUGUGGUGCUCGGUUUCUGUGGAGUGACCACCAGUCUUCCAUGUAUGUGUCCCAUGUACAGCACAAAAAAAAACCUAAUGUUGGCACUGAAAGGUUAAAGAUACCAGCCUGGUAUUUGUGGAAGCUCUGUUCUCAUCUCUCACAGCCUUGCUGUGGACUCUGCACUUCUGCGGAAUCCCUGCAGCAGUAACUGACCAUUCCUUGCAUACCAUGGUAGUCAAACGAUAAAAUGCACCAGGCAGAUAUUUAAUGGCACCCCAUUUGAUCUAGAGCACUUAAUGCUCUAACAGGGUACGAGAUUGACUUGGAGCCUAAUGGCAAUGGCAAGGGUCUGACCAAUCCCCUGAUUGCUUCAGAAUCUUAUCCACAACAUAUCUGGUUGUUGCAGAACUUAGUACCGUGAUUGAAAGUAUGUCUUGGUGAUGCAAUAACUUUCCAUCACAAGAUGUUGAGGUGACUUUCUGUUAACCAGUUGGAAUUAAGGUCAACACAAUGUAGUUUUAAAAAAAAGUUAUUUUAACUAAGCAACACUCUUGAAUUUUCUCAUCUCUCACUGCUUGGAUGUCCAUUUAAUUAAACCAGAAACUGUUCAUUUGGUUUAGUGUCUGAAGUUAUGAAAAUGUUCAUAUUUUUCUGUAAUAUUUUUAAACAUUAAUCUAUGUGCUAUUCUGUUGCCUCGUUUUUGAAUGUUUGAGUUGCUUGGCACAUAAUCCUAUUGUCUGCAGUAGAGCCUUAAGCUUACAAUGUUUCCAAAUAUAUUGUCCCAAACAUAAAGAGCUGAGUUUCAGUAUUUCCUAACAGGGUACCCUUUAACCCUGUUAGUCAUAGAAAGCAGUGGAGUGAAAAUAAAAGUACACUUGAUAUAAGUAGUAGCAAAUUCGGAUUCUAUGACAGGAGAUGCACAUCACACACCGUGGAUAUUAGUGAUUCCCCCACUUCCGUGUGCCAUUUGUUUCACUAAAUUAAAUUAUCUCCUAUAAGGAAAGCAUUCUGCUGCUUCUGUAAAUUAUUUGUUACUAAUUGUACAGCAGUCCUCCUGCUCAGUUAUGCAAAGCCAAUCUCUCAUCAUUUUUCUUUAGCACCUCUAUUAGAAAUGGCAUUUUUGUGGGUUCAGCAACACUGCUGAGGAAAGAGGAGGUAAACCGCUGUGUCUUUCAUUAGUGGCCUGUCAAUACGAUGACUCUCUUGCGGUACGAUGAGUUUUUCAAUCCUCAGCUUCUGUGCUCAACACUGGAUUAAAACGGUCCAGAAAUUGGAAUUGGCGUUGCUUAAGGAGCAUGGGAGGAGAGGAAGAAUUUUGUAAGUGUCUGAACCUUCAUUUACAGGCGAAUGUAUAUGCCUCUUAAUACUCUGUACCCUAAGGAAGAUGUUGAGAAUUACCUAACUGUAAAUACCCAUUGCUAGAUGAUGAAAUGACUUCCAAUUAACUGAUUGAGGGUUUGAACCACCAAUAUAUAUGCACAGUAAUAAAAAUCACCUUUCCUAGGUAAUGUUAUUGAAUUUGCAAGCCCUUUGAUAGUUGUACAGUCAAUAAACUGAUGAUGCAAAGUGAAGUUCUUCCUCAGAGAGCUGAUGUUCACACUGCUGCAUCUUCUGCUCCUGCUACAGCACCACUGCUUCAUUGGCCUGAUAUCAACAGGUCUAGUGAUAUUAUGCCACGGUCCAGACACUGCAAGUGGAUUCCCAUUGAUCUUGUGUCAUAUGGCAUCGAUAUGAAUGUGGUUAACAUAGGAAGUCCAGGCACAUUAGUUAAAAUUGCCUCAUCACUUUAUCACAACCACUGCUUGGAAGGUUAGGUCCAAACAAUAGAAGAUCUAGUUUUUGUUGAGCUUUGCAUGUCUUUGCAAGCGUUCUGUAAAUGCAAUGAACAGAUCAGCUUUAUGUCUAUUUAAGAAGACACUGUUUCUUCAAGAAAGGUGGGAGCAAUGCUCCAGAUUGAUUUGGUUUUGCUCUCAAGGCCCCUCUCCAUGAGAUUCUUAAAUUUCCAUUAACCUUACCAAUGGGAAUGUCUUUAAUUAAAUUUAUCUCUCUUCAUAUGAGGCAAAGUUUUAAAUUAGCAAGAUACUUGAGUAAUCCAGAAUUGAUCCUUCAGCAUAGCAACACUUCAACUGCUGAGGUCAAAUGAAGCUGGUGGCUGUGCUCUGUGUGUUUACCAAAUAUCUUUAUAGCUCUCUCAAGAGUGCUCAUUUCCAAAGUUUUCCUUUAUAGUUCUGUGAGCUGAUCUGAGUCUAUCGUUGCCAAUAAGUGUACCUGCUCCCAGGAGGCAAAUGACUGAACACAUCAUAAUAAUACAUGUACUUGGGAGUGGGGUUUGGUGCCAUUAAUCACACCCCAAGAGGGAGUGAAUGUCGUUUAUACAGAGACAACCGGUUUGUUUUUGCUGCAGGUUUAUUUAUCCCAGAUGCAAACUAACACUGUGUGUUAUAGCUGACAGAAGGCCACUCCAGUAUUGACUAGGCCUAUAAUUGGCCAUUUUAUAACUUCUACAUUGAGUCGGAUGGGCAAGUUUCAUGUAAUGUAUGCUCCUCGUAUAUGGAUGACUUGUGAACAGUUUAUACAGUGAAUGUAUUUUAAUUUGGUCUCUUAGGUCUCACUCUCAACUCCACACUGCAGACUCAGAUUGCUGCAGCGCUGGUUGACUUUGAGCUGGGCUUGAAUGGAAUUAAACACGUGACGAAAUAUAACUGCGACUCAUCACCUCACCUGUCACAUGUAGGGUUUAAAAUCUGGAAAUCACAACACUAUUGGCUCCACAUCCUAGCCCAGCCCAAGGGAGAGAAUAGCUGCUUAACAAGGUCUCAGACCAUGGCAAGCUGAUUAAUCAGUAAAUGUUCCAGGGACUGCAACUCCACUCUAUAGAGAUUUACUGAAAGUUUGGAUUUUGUGAAGAAUGGAGGAGGGUAAUUGUGUGUGAAGGCGGUUGCCGUCUGGAGCAAUACUCAUACUCAAAAUCACUGAGGUCAAAUUCAAAUUUAGACUAAAGAAACUGGUGUGAGAGAAAUCUGUUAUAUGCAUCCUUCUAAAAGAAAUUUCAAUAAUUAGAGAUUGAAAUUGUGUAGAGUUCUAAUGGCAGCUGCCACUAAUGUGUAUGUGCAAUAAUAAUAAUCACUGGGUUCGCAUACAGGGCCCCUUCCCUGGCGUUCCAGGUGGAUUUAAGUGCGUAUAGGCUCUGGGCUCACUCGGUGCUUUUCAUUGUGUCUCAUAUUUGGUGUCUCACCCACCUCACAGGGUCCUAGCUCACUUACUUGUAUGAACGUGGUUUUCCUCAUGCACUCCAUGACAUGUGGUAUUAGCAAUGAAGGUUAUUUGUCACGCAAUGUGUUGAAGUGAGAACUCACAUGACUAGUGAGCAGAAGUCUAGAAGAUUAGGUAGAAUUCCAGAGCUGUUACUGAACUGUACAUAUUCUGCUAUGAUGUAUUGCCAAAACUGUGUAGCAUACCAUUUAUAAAUGAAUUUUUGUUGCAAAUAUUCAGUGUUUUUUUAAGUGUCUGUAUUGUCACAUUCAAACUACAGUGCGUUUUGUAAAGCUGAUGGCUGCUUGAAUCAUAACCAUUUUGUAGCUGCUAGUUGUGUAAAUAAGAACUACAGAUGCACACUGAACCGUAAUUGUAUUUUCACAAGUAGCACAUGCUUUUUUUGUGUACUGUGUAAAAAUGAAGGAUUUCCUGAUAAAGAUGUGAGUGUGAUACAGAGAUAUUAAAUCGGAUUAC